AAACUUACUUCAUUGUUAGCGAAAAUAACGAAAGCCAAGUAGACAAAGGUGAACAAGAUUUUAAUAAUAUCCGAACAAGAUAAUGACGUCAUUUAAUAAUUUAAAACACUAUAAUAUAAAAAUGGUAUCCGUAUGGAAUUCUUGAUGAACUUUUGUGUUUACAAUGUAUAAAUAUCUUUGUUUACUAUCAUGUUUAGUUACCCUUAAAUAUAUCAGUUGUAAUCAAAUUGAGAAACAUAAUGCAAAUGAAACAUGGGAAAUAUUGAUUUUUGUACAACGUUGGCUGCAAACAGCUUGUGUUGUAUGGAAGCAAACAAAUAUAAAUCACACUUGUGCAUUUCCUUCUGAAGAAAACUCCUGGAAUGUUCACGGAAUAUGGCCUAACAAAAUUGGAAAAAAGGAAGGCCCUAACUUUUGCAAUAAAUCUAUUAGUUUUGAUGAAAAUGAAUUGCAACCUAUUAAAAAUGACCUUGAGCAGUAUUGGAUGAAUAUUGAAAAUAAUACAGGAAAUGAUUCAUUGUGGAAGCACGAAUGGUUGAAACAUGGAUCGUGCUGUUCCUUAUUACCAUCUCUCAAUAAAGAAUUGACAUAUUUUGGUCAAGGUUUAAAAUGGCUGGAAGAGUUUAAUAUGACAGAUAUUUUGGCAAGCAAAAAUAUAGUUCCUAAUAAUGUUAAUGGUUACAAUGUGACAACCAUUCAUCAAGCUAUUGUUGAUACACUUGAUAAAGGUCCAAUGAUCCAGUGUGAUACUGAGAAAUCAACAAAACACUCUUUACUAAUUGAAAUUAGAAUUUGCUUUAACAAAACAUUGCAUCUUGUAGACUGCAGUAUUUUAAAAAAUGGAACUGGUCAAGGGCUGCUAACCAACUGUGAUUUAAAGAAAGAGGUGUUUUACUUAGAUGGAAAAAGUGCCACUCUUACUGCUAUUAAUAAGAAGAAAGAACAAGAACUACAAUACUCGAAACUUUUGAGUAUUUAUAAAGUUCUACAGUUUCUUAUUUGGAUCACACUGUAAACAGACAGAACGAACCCUUAGAAUGGAUAAAAUUACUAGACAAUUUAAAAUCAUACAUCUAGGUAAUUAUAAGAUGCAAUUUAAUCACCAUAACACGAGCUAUUGUAAUUGUAUGAAAUUGCUACGUAUAUUAUAUAUUUGCAUAAAAGAACUCUUUUAUUAAUUGUAAAAACAGUAAUUGACUACUUUUAAUUAUCUUGAUAUUGUAAUAUUUUCUAUUAUCAAAUAAGAUGAUUUGAUUGUAUUAUGUACACUGCUUACUAAAAACAACCUUAGAGAAAUACUUUAUUAUUCCUCAUUAGUUUAAAAUGUUAAAAAUAUUCUUUUGCAGCAAAACACCACUUAAGGAUUAAACUACGUUAUAUUUAUUUGCGUUUGGAAUUUAAAUUAAGUCAAACUUGAUACUAAUGAAAAAUUAUAAAAAAAUUAAAUAAAGGGGAAUGAAAUAAA